UGCAAGAUGCUUAGGUUUAAACAAUGAUUACCAGGAAGCGCUCAUACUCAUCACGUUCCCGUUCCAGGUCAUCAGGAUUUUAUACACCAAGACGAAAAAACCGAUCCAGAUCCAAUGAACGCUCUAAGUUCAGUUCGUCGUUGAAAGAAAGAAAUCGACAAAGGUCACACUCAAAAAAUUUUGACUUCAGUCCUCGACGUUCUUUAAGUCCUAUCGAGCGAAAAUCGAAGUUUUCAAGGCUAAGAAAACCUGAAAUACAAUCAAGUGUUAAUCCAAUCACUGACUUUCAGACUGAAGGUGUACGAACUACUGCACGUGAUUCACAUUCUCCUAUAUCUUUAACAGAACGUUUCACUCGUCUGACGAAUUCAGGGACGGCUGUAUACAAUAAACGCAGGUAUGGUCGUUUUGGAGAUAACCAUCGUCUUCCACAUCUUAUACUUACCAAUAAUACAAAACUCCCCCCAGCAACUCUUAUGCGUCAGGCUAAAGAAAUUUCAAUUGUCAUAGAGCGAACAUUUCCUCUUAAUAUGGACUUAUUACCACAUGAAAAACCUGUGACAUUUGAUUUUCGUCAUAGUCACAUUAUAAUACCUCGUCGUCCAAAUGAAGGUUGCAAACCUGUAUUUGAUCGUCCUGGAUUAAAGUUUUACAAUACUGAAGCGGAUGAAGCUCUGAUUUACAAACGUUUAAUGGACACGAUUUCGUCCUCGAAUUCACGAAGAUCCAAUAAUACGGACAACAAAAAAGAAAGUGAGUAUCACGACAUAAGUCAUUUUACAGGUCCCGGUCGUUUUUAUGGCAGUCGAGUAGAUGAACGUUUGAUGGAUUCAAAGCGUACUUUUCCUUUGGAUCCUUCAGAAACUCCGAAAGGACAUUCUUAUUAUCUUCAUGAUGAUCGAACAGAAGAUGGGUAUGGUCCAAGGCGCCGAUGGAAUAAUAAAUCUGAUCGUUUGUACUCUUCUAGCUACCGACGUGACCGUCGAUCUCGCCGCACUUCUCCUUCACCACGGUCAUCUCGUUCCGAAAUUAAACCGAAAAAGUGGCUUCACGAUAAAUUCGAAGAGAUGGAAGGGGACAGUAGUUCACAAAAACCGAUCCCAAUGCCUGUUCCUGCUCCCAAACCUAUGUUAUGGUCUACUAUUGGAAAAGAAAUAUUGAAUGGAAAUAAAACUGCUGUAAGUGAUGACCAAAAUUACAGUCCAAAUAGUGCAGCCAACCAAUCACCGCUAAUAGACAAUGAAAAUAUCACAAAUAAAUUAGAGACAAAAGUACAAUCAGUUGUGUCUAAUUCAACGGUCCGUAGUAAUGAAAACGUAUGUACCAAAGAAGAGCAUUUGAACAGUGAAAUUUUCCAUCUAGAUGUUGAUCAUGUAUUUGACGAAGCUAUUGAACGAUGAUUUUUGUCUGAUUUGUACAGUCAGCAUUACAAAUUACGCAUUUUGUUUUGACAAUAACCACUUUUUGUCUCUGUUAUAUUGCUUGUAUAUUCAAUUUGUUUAUAUAAGCAACUUACGUUUGCAUUCUGGAUUUCGUUAUUUUUUGAUACAUAUAUAUAUAUAUAUAU